GCAGGCUUGUCAUGUUGAUUUCGAUAUUCCGUAAUUUAUUAGCGUAAAGAAAUGUCUUUCCUAAUUUAUUCAUAACUCUAAACGAUAAGGUAAUUAUCUCGCUAUUGCGAAGACACGUAAACCAGUGCUUUAUGACAUAUUGCGGUGAUAUAUAACAAUAGUGUCUUGAAGAAAACUUAUGUUGUGUCUUAUAAUAUCUUAGAUCGAUUUAUCUCUGAAAUCAAAUUGUGCUUUGCCGUGAAUAUAUUAUCGUUAUGUCAACAAAGUUAUGAGCUAACCGUUGCGUUAAGUGCAAAACAUGUCAAUGGAGAGAGAAAGUGUGGGUGGUAUGCCUCCCCUGGGGAACGUUGGGGGCGUCGGUGGCGGCGGCUCCGACCCUCGCUCCCAACUCCUGCAGGAGAUGAGGGAGCAGAACUACGACUUGAUCAGAUUUGCAUCAUACAGAACAGCAUGUAAACUUAGAUAUGUGCAGAAGAAAUGUAACUUACAUGUAAUAGACAUAUGGAAUGUAAUAGAGGCUUUCCGUGAGAACGCUCUGAACACUUUGGAGCCGACAGCAUGCGUGAAUGUGACAAGAUUGGAGACAUUGGUGUCGUCCCUGUAUCACAACUUAAAUAAGAGGCUUCCCCCCGCACACCAAGUAUCUGUGGAGGCGUGUUCUGCUCUGUUGUUGAAUUGGUUGCUGUCUGCGUAUAGCACGGGGGAUAAUGUGGGUAAAAUAAGAGUGUUUUCAAUCAAAGUUGCCUUGGCUACAAUGUGUGCGGGCAAACUCAUGGACAAACUGAGAUACAUAUUCUCCCAGCUGUCGGACGGAAACGGUCACCUGCUGAUGAAGCGGCUGUCGGACUACCUGCGCGAGGUGCUGGCCUUGCCCGCCGCGGUGUAUGAGUCACCAUCCUUCAACUACAACGACACGCUUGCGCUCACCAUAUUUAACCAGAAUGGCAAGAUAACCGUGAAUGAUUUCCUGGACACACUGAUGUCGGACCCAGGACCUCCGUGUCUUGUGUGGCUGCCGUUACUGCAUCGCCUGGCGAGCGUCGAAAAUGUGGUGCACCCGCUGGCGUGCAGCGCGUGCCGGCGCGGGUCGCUGACGGGGUUCCGGUACCGCUGCACGCGCUGCGCCAACUACACGCUGUGUCAGGACUGCUUCUGGCGCGGACGCGUCUCCGCCGCGCACACCAACGACCACGAGGUCAAGGAGUACGCCGCUUAUAAGUCGCCGUCGAAGCAGAUCGGCGCGACGCUGCGCAAGUCGUUCCGCUGCGUGCCGGAGCGCGGGCGCGCGCCGCUGCCGCGCUACCCCGACCAACCCGAGCGCACGCUCAACCUCAGCCACAUCGUACCUCCAUCUCCGGUGCCAGCGCACAACGGCUUCCCGGAGUACGUCGGCGGGUACGUGAACACAGGAUCCCUAGACUCGCGCUCCUCUAGAUCAACUCACCGAAGUAUAGCAGAACACCUGUCUCGGGGGGUGGACGACGAACAUCGCCUGAUCGCGCGAUACGCGGCGAGACUCGCGCAGGAAAAUAGGACGAUGCCACGCGCCGGCCGGUCUGCCUCUUUAACUCCAGAACUAGGCCGCUCGUCGUCCGAGGGGUCGGAGGUGGACGCGGCGAGGCAGCAGCGAGAGCUCAUCUCCCAGCUCGAGGCCAAGAACCGGGAGAUCAUGAGGGAGAUAGCGCGACUCAGGCGCCAACAAGAAGCGGAAGCCAGCGCGGGGGCAAGCAGUUCAGGGUCGGCGCCGCCUCUGGUGUCGGAGCUGAGGGCCCUGAGGCAGAGGAAGGACGAGUUGGAGGGUCACCUGUCCUCGCUGCAGGAGUCGCGCAAGCAUCUCAUGCAGCAGCUCGAGGGACUCAUGAGGAUGCUGAAGACGCAGCAAUCGUCGCCUCGUUCCACCCCGAACUCGUCUCCACGGUCGACGAAGAGUCCUCCGCUGCCGGGUGCGCAGCCGCAACCCUCCGCGCCGGAGAGAGAGCCGCCCCGCGGCACGGUCCGCAGCGCGCCGCAGACACCGUCCCUCGGCGAACGAGAACGGAUCGACAUGACGCACAGCCUUGGAGCAAUGGAAGGCAUGACGAAUGACACAAGAAGUUUUCAUCAAAACCAACGACCCACAACGAUGGGCAUAGACAACCGCAGCCUGCGAAGCGACCUCCUCUACGCCGCAGAUUCCGUCACCAACGCCAUGUCGACGCUAGUCAGAGAGCUUAAUUCAGAGGGGUCCGACACUGAAGAUACCGUUAAAGGCGAGACAAGGAAACCGAGAGAUUUUGAGGAAGACGAAGACAGUGACGAGCCGAUGCCUCGGCCGCAGCCGCCGCGGCACUAUCUACACGACACCAAUGUUCAGAGCAUGGCACCAAGUGUCAAAACGUAAACUAGAGUUGUGCUUGAAAUUAUUCAUUACAAGGACACGCCGCCGCCGCUGCCGGCCCGCACCGGCCACUACUACCCUCGCACAUAGCUCCAUAGUUAUAUAUAUAUAGGAUGUAUAUUUGUGUUUCCUAGGAUGGUACGUUUUCAAUUGCCGCGACCGCUAGCGUAAUGAUGCUACAUUGUUUGAUAGUGGUUGGAGUUCGAAAGGUUUUUUGAGUUUUUUUUUUUUAGUUUUUCAGUUUUGGGUUGGAGUUUAAUGAAAAUAUUGAAAUUAUUUCUCGUUAAUAAAAUACUUCUAUAAAAGAAGUGUGGAUUAAAUUUAAUUUAAUCGUAAUUAAACUGAAAUACAAUGGCAAAAUUAUUAUUUUAAUUUGAUAAGAAUUGGCUUCAGGUAACUGUUUACCGAUACAACGAAUGUCCAUAUAAAUAACUUGAAAAGAAAUAUGUUAUUGAUGGAAUUUUUAAAAAAUUAAGUUAAUGAUUUUAUUUGAUGCCAAAACAACCUUUUCGAACUUCAUCCACGUAUAUGAGAAGUAGCGAUGCAUAAUAAAUCCGUUAAUUAAGACAGAUGUAUCCCUAUUCCGCAGAUGUUUGGAGAACAAUUGUUUUUAUGUAAAUAUAUGUUUUUCGCUUUAUGUGUCUAGUCGACGCUGGUUUUGUUUUGUUUGGAUUGAGGCAACUAUGAUCGGUACAUUAUGAUGAUACUAUAUGUAUUAAUAUAACUUCCAAAUGUAAUAAGUUAUAUUUCUGAUUCGAAUCGAAUGAAGAAAUUUGUUGGUUAUUACGAGGAUACGAAAUCGUAGUCUAAAAUGUCUAUUAAUAUUUAACUAAAGCGGGCAUUAUUUUGUCCAUCUACCGAAAAUUUCGGUUGUUCAAAACUAUUAAGACAUUUGGUAAGGAUCUAUUGUUUAUAAGUAAAUCUAUUGUCUAUAUAUUAUAAUACUUGCUUUUGCACUGACUUUUUUCGAAAAAGAUUUUUCGUCAUAAAUAUUUAACCGGGAUAAAAAGUUGCACUCAAGAGUGCUUCGUAUUAAUUAAAAAAAAAUCCAAAUCGGUUUAAAUAAACUCUUCAAUUUUACAUAUUAGUAUAGAUAAUCCAACCCUUAGUCCAGUGUAGUAGAUAGACCUAAAUCUUAACAGUAGAGGGGGUACGCGGCUGUGGAUCAUAAUAUAAUACGAACUGAAAACUAGAAUAUUAAUAUGAAUAUUCUUAUUCGUUUUCGUAUUCUCGUAGUAACAACGGUAUAACUGCAUAUCUAUCGUGAAACGUCUAUUCUGUCGCCUCUAUUAUUUAAAACAUAUUCCUUUCUCCGUCUUCCAUUAGUCAAUUCCUUCCAAAAACGUACAAAUAUGUCAAUUGAUACUUCCCCUUCGCUUGAUUUAAAUUUAUCCUACAAAGAAAUGACGUUUUGCUGAAGGAUAAAACUUUAAUGCUAAUUCAACAUUGAAAAUCUAAAAGUAUAUCAGCUUGUGUGAGUCUUAAACCUUACUACAGGGAGGUUUCUUGCAAAUCUAAUCCAGUACUUAAAUCUUAAUAGGAUUAGUUAACCAGGAAUUUUGUAUAGUUCGGGAAUAUGGAUCAUCCAUCCUAGGCUACUUCUAAGUCAGAGUAAAAUUAUAUAACGUCAAAUAAUGUUUUUUUUUAAUUUACUAUAAAGCUCUGGGCUGUAUACUUUUCGAUUUUCUGCCACUUACUGAUUCGAUUACUUGAAACUACAAUGUUUCUCGCUAUACUAUUUCCCUGACCCAUACUGUACUCAUAUAUUUUAUCGUUUUAACAAACGAAAUUUCCUAUUCGAGAAUUAUUGGCUUGCCGACAAUAGCCAAAGUAAUGGAUAUUGCAGCUAAAGAUACAAUGUUAGCUUCUAAUGUUUGCUCACAACCACUUAAUUUGAAGACUGAUAAAAUUAUCACAACCACCGUAUGUGGAAACCAAAUUUUUGAAACCAAAACUUAUUUAGUUUAUAUAAUGUAUGGCAGCUAUUACAAAGAAAAUACUAAUUUGUAACAAAAAAUCGUUUUGGGUUAUAAAAACGAUCAUUUUUAAAAAAAGAAUUAAAGUGAAAAUUGACUUUUAGACAUUUCUUACAUUGUAGCUCUGCUAAUUUUAUAAUUUUUUAUUGUUUUUUUAAUAUAUAAAAAUGGCAUGAUGGGAAUGACAAUCCCAUUUGUCAUGAAUUGGGGGAUCCUGACCCCCAACAUUUUACCCUGCAUUCCGCCCCUGUCGUGUAAAUUGUAUUAAAUGAAUUGUCCUGUACUUAACAAAAGUGGCUUGUAUUUGCGAAUUUAUCAAUUUUUAUGGAUUUUUAUUGCUCAUUUACAAUCAGAAAGACAAAUUAUAAAUGACGUAUGCAUUUUUUUAUUUAAUAUUAUUCUGCAAAGGGCUCAGUUAGAAUAUUCAAAAUACCAUUAAAAUUUGAUUAAAACUUAUAACGGACUUUCAAAAGUCUUUGAACUUUAAAAGAAAAUUUAGAAUGCACGAAAAAAUUAUAAAACAAAUCAACCAAAGCAUUUUUUUUAUGCAAGUUUAAAUAAACUUACUAUUUUAAACUGAGCCCUAUCGUUAUGGAAACAGACAUUAUAAUGUGGACACCACGUUUUAACUAAUAUAUAAAAUUAUAAUAAAAUUUAAAAUUAAAGACGAUCGAUGGUUUUAACCUUUCGUAAAGACAGCUAUGUCGUGAUUCUAUACCUCUAAAAUAUUUAUACAUUUCUAACUACUAUACUCGAUCAGAAAAUUAAAGAAGUCCUAAGAUUUAUAUGAUUUAGUUCAACUAAUCAUGCAUAUUAUGAGUCAUGACAUAAUUGAGCGUAUAGCAUCGUUAAUAUAGCGAUAUCGCGCCCGAUCCUAAAAACUAUCCUAACCGCUUACGAAGCGUUAACGGUAAGAAUGAACCAAUCAAAAUAACAUCUGUAAACAUGUCAAAAUCUGAUUGGUCCAUUUUCACCGUGCUACCGACGACAGCUGGUAUCGUUUAUAGUAAUCGGCAAUGAUCGCUUAAUUGGUUUUCUGAGGUAUAGAAUCGAUUCGUCAAAAUUAGGCUAAGUGUUUGCAUAUCAUUUUAUCGAUAAUUUCAUGCACGAAGACGCGCCUCACUACUUUAUAAGGACUUAGUGAGCGUGAGCAGUAUGAGUACACACGCACAUUACGAUGAAUCGGGGAAGUGUUUGAAUCAGACCCCUUGCCCCGAAACCCCCCCCCCCCCCCCCCUGGAAAAAUGGAGGGACGCGUCGUCGCGAAUGAAAUGACCUAUAUUAGAGUUUCAUAUUUAACAUUGUAUAGUGCAAUAUAUUGUUAUAUGAAGGUACGUGGUCUUGCCUACAUGUGAUGGACUUAUUUAUUGUGUUUAUAGAUCUGUUAUAUGCGAAAACAUUUUCGUGGCAUUGUUUUUUUUUUUUUUAAUAUCGAUCCAAAGCAUAUUAUUAGGUUUAUGUAGUGUGUAAGUUAUUGUGUACUUAGCGGGGCAAAUUUGACGCAUUUAUCAGUUAACAGGUAUAUUAAAAUAAAUUUAAAUAUUUUUUAUAAAUAAAGACUUCUAAUGCAUUUAUUAAUUACCAUUCAGAUAUAUUAGUACUUAAAAAAUGUUUGGUAGAUCAGAUAUUUUUAUUUACAGUUCCCAUGCAUUCAGAUCAACUAUAAAUUAAUCAAGUUGGAAAAAAUGAAACUACUUAAUUCGAAAUCAAACUGAUUAAUUAUCGAAAAUGUAAAAACAUCCGCCCCGCAUAUACUUACGUAGAUAUUGUUUAUUUAAGUGUUUUAAGGUACCCCCCCCCCUUUCUCUCUCGUCCCUCCCGCGUACUAAAUGGAAAAUCGUGAUAUGAUAUUAAGUACUUAAACAGAAAUAUUUUGUAAACGAUGUUUGUAGUUGUUGGCCAGUGGUGUAAAAAAAUAGAUUUGUGUUCGAUAUGACAUAGUCUCCUCUCUAAUCCUGUGGGAUUAAAAUAUCCAACUAAUCAUGUAAAAACCAUACUUAAAUAUGUAUAGUAUGAUUUCCUUACUGAUAAUAAAAUACUUUACAAUUUUAAAUUAAUUUAUUCGUAUUAUGAUUUUGUUUCUAUAAAAACAUCUAGGUGAAAUAUUUGUUUCAUCUAAUUGACGUAAAAAUUAUGUACUCAUUUUACUAUCGAUUAUGAUUAAUCGAUACUCGAUGUAAUCGAUAUUUUUUAUAACCACUGGCCAAAUACAUGCAAUGUAAAUUCAUGAUACAGCAAUGUGGAGAUAUAAACGUAAGUACAUAAUGUAACCUUUUAUACUAUUCGGAUUGGAUAGAUUUUGUAAUAGGGUAGCGGUAGGUGUAUGUCUAAUACUUAAUGUAUUGUGGGUUGCCAUGGCGACAGAAAUAACUCAAUAUUAUAGAUAACUGUAAUAUAUCAAAUCUAUGGGGACAAAAAAUAGUGUACAUGAUUAUACUAUUGGUACUUAAGUAUACAUUUGAGUUUAGUUGUACUAUUGGUGUGCCCAAUUUUUUAAAUUCGUGAAUAAUUUUUUCGUUAUAUACUUCUAUAUUUAACAUAAUUAUAAAUGUAUCGCCUUAAGGCGUAAUCGUCUCUUGUCACUCACCAUUCUAUUGGACCCAACUCCACUUACCAUCAGGUACAGUGGAGUCACUUUGCCGUACUAUAAAAAAAACAUGCAAAUAAAAAUUUGCUUUUUUAGUUUUAAUACAAACAGGUAUGUGGUAAGGUUUAAUUCUUUUGAUGUGAGUUAUUUCUGUCUUCAUGGCAGUUCAAUAAUCUAUAACUAUACAUAGGAGAUGGCACAAAUUUCUGAAACACUCAUUUUCUAUACAUAUUAUCUACAUAAAUAUAAUGUGAUCGUCGUUUCUUUUUUGAUAUAACAAAUGUAAACUUCCAUUUUUUAUCUGUAUCGUAUACGUCUAGGUACACUUAAAUAAAAUUAUUACUUAUAAGUAUAUAUUAUAUGCAUAUUAACCGAAUAUAUUUGAUGAGGUGUUUUGUAUUUGUGUAUAAAAAAUAAUGUUAUUUCUGACUGAUUGUGAAAGGCGGUCUUAUCUUGGUUCCUUGAGUCCUUUAUAGAGAGGCCUAUUUGUUUCCCCGAAAAUUCGGCUUCGUCUUCGGUUUCGGCCGCUAGUCUUUCUGUCACAAUGCCGAACGUGUUCGGGUUGGAACGGAGGCGAAGUAUAUUUAUUUUCGGCCAAAAUGUAUUAAAGCGAAAUUGACAGAGUGUUAUAAGGUUGUGAUUUCAACGAAUGGUUUGAAAAGUAGAGAGUAUCCGCGGUAUAUACGUGUAUAUGUGUAGUUUGACGAGCUAAGACCGCCUCUCAAGGACACGUACUAUACAUGGUAUUGUAAGAACUUAUCAUCGCAACUGUAAACAUUCCAUUGCUUGUGAA